AUGCUCCAGGCCUACCUUCGACUCCUUUCUCGACGUCCGUUGAUCACGCAGAUGGUAUCUGCAGGUAAAUCCCUUCAUUUUUUUCGUUUAUAUUAUCCUAGGUGUGAUCGGAUGCGCGGGAGAUGGAAUCGCGCAAUUUGUAGUGGAGAAACGGUCGCUAAAACAGUACGAUUUGCAGAGAGGCAUCAGAUUUUUCCUUAUGCCCUCGUGUUAUGUGGUAUGUCACACGUUUUUUUGGGUUUAUUUUGCUUUAGGCACCGAUUUUAAGCAGAUGGUUCCGAGUUUUGGAGAAAAUCGGAGGAAAAGGCGCGAUAUGGAAGAGAUUGGCCGUGGAUCAGGUAGGCAGAACCUUGCCACAGCUGUACGCCAGAUUUUAGCUCUGUUGGUCACCUUGCUUUGGAGCUUCGAUCAUUUUUGUUUUGGGCUUCAUGGAGAGUUUGGAUGCCAAAAAAGCCUUUGAUCACACAAAAAGUAUGUGUGUUGAAGUCUAUUUCAAAAGCUUACAGGUAAGAGCGUUUCUUAAAGUUUAUUCUGCUUUUAGUUCUGGCCAUUCGUACAAUUGAUCAACCUCAACCUGAUCCCCAUCAACUUUCGGGUGAUCUUCGUUCAGAUGGCGGCCCUUAUCUGGAAUUCCUACUUAUCAUUCCGCACGCAGAAGCCGGUAGAUACGGACUACUUCAUGGAAUAG